ACGGCUGCCACCAGUGUCUCAGUUGCCUCCUGCUGCUCCAAGAUAUACUCCAAUCUUAGACUUUAAACUGCUCUGCCUGAGAUCAAGGAGAACAAGAUGGUUUUGGAAAUGCUGAACCCAAUGCGUUAUAACCUCACCAGCAUGGUGCCCGAAGUCAUGCCUGUUGCCACCUUGCCAAUCCUGCUGCUCACUGGCUUUCUUCUCUUGGUUUGGAAUCAUGAAGAAACAUCCUCAAUACCAGGUCCUGGCUACUGUAUGGGGAUUGGGCCCCUCAUCUCCCACUUCAGGUUCCUGUGGAUGGGGAUUGGCAGCGCCUGCAAUUACUACAACAAGAUGUAUGGAGAAUUCAUGAGAGUCUGGAUAAGUGGAGAGGAAACACUCAUUAUUAGCAAGUCAUCAAGUACGUUCCACGUCAUGAAACACGAUCACUACGUUGCCCGAUUCGGCAGCAAACUCGGGUUGCAGUGCGUGGGCAUGCAUGAGAAUGGCAUCAUAUUUAACAGUAACACAGCCCUCUGGAAAGCUGUUCGACCUUUCUUUUUAAAAGCUUUGAGCGGCCCUGGCCUUGCAUGCAUGGUGACAGUUUGUGUUGAGGCCAUGACGAGACAUCUGGACAGGUUGGAGGAGGUCACCAAUGAGUUGGGCUAUGUCGAUGUGUUGACCCUCAUGCGACGUAUCAUGCUGGACGCCUCCAACUCACUCUUCCUGAGGAUCCCCUUGGACGAAAAAAACAUCGUGGUUAAAAUCCAGGGUUAUUUUGAUGCGUGGCAGGCUCUCCUUCUCAAACCAGACAUCUUCUUUAAGAUUUCUUGGCUAUACAGAAAGUAUGAAAAGUCUGUCAAGGAUUUGAAAGAUUCCCUGGAAGUUCUGAUAGAUGAAAAAAGAUACAGGAUUUCUACAGCAGAGAAACUGGAAGACCAUAUGGAUUUUGCCACUGAGCUGAUUUUGGCAGAGAAACGUGGCGACCUGACAAGAGAGAAUGUGAACCAGUGCAUAUUGGAAAUGCUGAUCGCAGCGCCAGACACCAUGUCUGUCUCUGUCUUCUUCAUGCUAUUUCUCGUUGCCCAGCACCCUAAGGUUGAAGAGGCACUCAUGAAGGAAAUCCAGACUGUUGUUGGUGAAAGAGACAUAAGGAUUGAUGAUAUGCAAAAAUUAAAAGUGGUGGAAAACUGUAUUUAUGAGAGCAUGCGGUACCAGCCUGUCGUGGACAUUGUCAUGCGCAAAGCCUUGGAGGAUGAUGUCAUUGACGGCUACCCAGUGAAAAAGGGGACUAACAUUAUCCUGAAUAUUGGAAGAAUGCAUAAACUCGAGUUUUUCCCCAAGCCCAAUGAAUUUACUCUUGAAAACUUUGAGAAGAAUGUUCCUUACAGGUAUUUUCAGCCAUUUGGUUUUGGGCCCCGUGCCUGUGCAGGAAAGUACAUCGCCAUGGUGAUGAUGAAGGCGAUCCUGGUUACACUUCUGAGACGAUUCCAUGUGCAGACGUUACAAGGAGGGAGUAUUGAAAAUAUGCAGAAGAAAAACCACUUGUCCUUGCACCCAGAUGAGAGUAGCAGCUUGCUGGAAAUGAUUUUCAUCCCAAGAAAUUCAGAAAAGAGCCUCAAACACUAAAUAAGUUUGGUCAGUACCUACUCUGGAGCAUUUCUCAUCAGUAGUUCACAUGCAAACUAUCCAUCUUUGCCAGGUAGUGUCAUUCUCACAGUGAACAUUCAGUGGCCUGUGGCAUUUUAUAGGCAUACCUCCUUAUGGGCUGUCAGCAAGCCAGGAGACAUCAGUCAUCUGAUCUUGUCCAAACCAGAGAACCAGACUGCAAAAGAAAAUGCAGAGGCCAAGAGUUUGUGGGGGAAAUGGUCAGUGAAGAAAAUGCAGCCGUAAAGGCCCAAUUCCACAAAAUAUGAUUUGGAAAAGAUAGGCCAUCGACAAAACUUAUGUCCUGCUUGCCACAUGAUCUUCACUGCACUGCCCCAAGAGUAUUUUAAUGUCUGGGGCAGAAGCACUCAAGUUUAUUAGAAAGGCCAGGCUGAUGUCUGGGUACCUAGAGCCCAACACACCUGCUAGUGCAAAUAAAGGUGCUUUGAUUUGGUUUUCAGUGGGCUUGGCCACUGCAACUUUCAUAGUCUUUGGAGAAAUGCUUACAAAUUCAGCAUUUGACUUUUCCUAUGAAUUAUAAUCAUUUAUCUCUUGUUUAUCAUGUGAUUUGUCUGUGGCAUAAGUUAAAUUGGAGAUUAUCCUUUCUCCGUCUCUCAGUUGAUGCCUCAGCCACUUACCACUGAUUUAGGUAUGAUUCAGGUAAUCAAAGUAACUUAGUAAUAGCAUGAGUAAAUAUAAUUAGUAUCAUGUCUGCUGUAGGAAAAAAAAUUCACAUAUGCAUUUAAAAUUCAAAUGAAAAUUCUUAUGGGUUGGGGGGAGGGCAAAAGGGGUAAAGGGGCAAAUAUGCAUGGUAACAGAUGGAAACUAGACUUUUAGUGGUGAACACGAUGUAGUCUAUGUAAAGCCAAACUAUAAUGAUGUACAACUGAAAUUUACACAGUGUUAUAUAUCAAUUUACCCCAAUAAAAUAAUUUUUUGAAAAACUUUUCUUUGUUUGCAUUGUUGCUUAGCUCCAUUAGUGUGGAUAACCGAGAGAUAAUUUUAAAUAACAGCAUCUAUUAACUCUUACAACAGCUCCAAUGAGCUGUUGGGGGAGAGGAAGUACUCUAAAUCUAUAUCUAAUUCUACAACUCAGUGGGUUCAAACUUCUAAGGAAUGCUCCUCCUAUUCCAUUAUCCUUCUCCCUCGACAUUUUCCCCCUCUUUCUUUCCAUGUCCCCAAAAGCCAAGGGCAACAGAUCAAUAGAGAACAUGAUCAAGAAGGAACCCUUGCAA